CGGAGCGGAGGGCAGCUUGUGCCGAAAGGGCUCGGGCUGGUUGGUCGGGACGCCUGACAAGUCCCGCAGAACAACUUCAGAGGAGCAAAGUCCAGCCGGAGUGUGAGGGAGGCAGAGUGGAAGUUAGAGUGUGUGUGUGUGUGUGUGUGUGUGUGUGUGUGUGUGUGUGUGUGUGUGUGAGAGAGAGAGAGAGAGAGAGAGAGAGAGAGAGAGAGAGAGAGAGAGAGAGAGAGAGAGAGAGCUGUACACAAAAUCACAUGUCAUUUUAAAAGAAAUGCUCCAAAGAUGGCGGUGGUAAUAGCGACGGGAGUUUCAGGUGCCUCCGGAGUGCAAAAAAGUGGAUUUGUGGAGGUUUUGGUGCGGGAGCGGUGGCACAAAGUUUUGGUCAACUUAAACGAGGAAGCGCUCACGUUAAGCUGCGAGGAGAGCAGCGCUAACGACAACGUGAGCGACAGUGUCAACUCUAACGGCGUUACCAACGGAUCUUACCUUGAUAACAAUAACACCAACUCCAACAACGCACCCCAAACUGUGCGCACCGCGUUCACGGACCUCCCGGAGCGAGUGCCCGAGGCGAUCGCCAACAGAAAGCGGUGCGUCAAGGUGACCAAGCAGGAGAUCGGGGGGCUUGGGAUCAGCAUCAAGGGAGGGAAGGAGAAUAAAAUGCCCAUCCUCAUCAGUAAGAUAUUCAAGGGACUCGCAGCGGACCAGACCCAGGCUCUGUACGUCGGGGACGCCAUCCUGUCUGUGAACGCCAUGAACCUGCGGGACGCGACCCACGACGAGGCUGUGCAGGCGCUGAAGCGGGCCGGCAAAGAGGUUGCACUGGAAGUGAAGUACAUGCGCGAGGCCACACCGUACGUCAAAAAGGGCUCUCCUGUGUCAGAGAUCAGCUGGGAAACCCCCCCUCCGGAGUCUCCCCGUCUCAGCAGCACUCCCAUCACCUUCUCCUCCCAAUCUGACCCUCCGAGCCCUGCUGCCCAGCCCUCCCUGUCCCUGCAGGGUGACAGGAGGUGCAUACCACUAAAGAUGUGCUAUGUAACCCGAGCCAUGACCACACCAGACCCUGAGAACAGACAACUGGAGCUGCACUCCCCUGACACCCGGCACACCGUGGUGCUGCGGUGCCCAGACCAACCAUCUGCCCUGUCCUGGUUCUCUGUCAUGCACUCUGUUACAUCCACACUGGCACAGCGUUCGCUGGCAGAGGUCAUCCAGCACACAGCCAGGACGGGGGUUGCUGGCAGCAAAGAGAUACGACACCUGGGAUGGCUGGCAGGGAAGACAGAGAGCGAGAAGCAGUCCUGGAAGCCGGUGCUGGUCGUUGUGACCGAGAAAGACCUGCUGCUUUUUGACAGUUUACCACGAGGCAAGGAGGCAUGGCAGAGCCCUGCACACACUUAUCCACUUUUAGCAACACGUCUGGUCCAUUCUGGCCCCGACCGGGGGUCACCUCACUCCGGCACGGAGCUGUUCUUUGCCACUCGGACUGGCACGAGACUCGGCAUCGAGACUCACCUGUUCCGGGCUGAGACCACCAAGGAUCUGUCCCUGUGGACCAGACAUAUAGUGAACGGAUGUCACGCCUCAGCUGAGAUGAUCAAAGAAGUCACUACGAGUUGUCUGUACCGAAGUCAGGAGUGUCGGCUGGUGAUCCACUAUGAACAGGGCUUCUCUGUGCUGGCUGACCCCACACUGGGAGAUGGGGAGAACAGGGAGGAGAGAGGAGCUCACACACCUACCAGGCCCCGGGUGCUGCUCUCUUACCCCUACGAAAAAUUAAAGAUGUCCUCAGAUGACGGAGUUCGCAUGCUCAUCCUUGACUUUGGAGGGAAGGAGGGGGAGAUUCAACUGGACCUUCACUCGUGUCCGAAGCCAAUCGUCUUCAUCCUCCACUCCUUCCUCUCUGCUAAGAUCUCCCGCCUGGGUCUGGUGGCCUGACCUCUGUAAAGGGACAUUUCACCUCCUUUUAAAAACAGAAAUCCACCUUGUUUUGCCGCCUCUCUGCAGCCCGCAUGCAGUACACCACGUCACACCUUCAGUCGGGGACCCAAGCUGAGUGAAUGUAGCCUCUAUCUGGAAACCGAUCUUUUUUGGGUCUCGAAUUCCAAGUUAAAGAAACACUGGAGAAACCAGAUUAGUUUUGCUUUGAGCGAAAUUGACAGAUUUCUUUGGGAUAAACCCUCCCUUUAAGGGCUGCAUGGACCGAAGUGUUGACUGAAGAGCCACAGAAGGAAACAUGGACUGGACUAGAAGCAAAGGGAUGAUAUUUACAGAGGGACACAUUUAAAGGAGCAGAUUGGGCAUUACUGUCACGUCCAGGAUUGGAAGGACUGGACAUGUGCAGCAAGGUUGAGAUGAAUUCACUUUUAAUUCAAUCAAAAUGUAAUGGCAAAACGGCCUUCCAUUUACCAAUUAUAUAAUUUAUUCACCAUUAGCUCUGAAAGGACAUUCAGAAUUUCACUUGGUCAUUUUUCUUCACCAAACACUUGACACGCUGUGGAAAAACUUUAUGCAUUUGUCUUUGUUAGCGUUCCCUGAAAUGUCUUGUUAGCCGUGUCAGCAUUCAUCAUUGAAACUGGGAGGCACAAUCGCCCGUACAGUGUCCCACAAUGUGACAGCUGACUCAAAUUCAAAAUGUCACAGUAUUUGUAUAACCGGUUGCAUACAAUGACCAUCUGGUGGUCAAAGUAUUUAAGUGUUUGACCGAUUUGACAGUUCUAAUGACUUCAAAUAUAAUUUGUCAAUCAACUAACAUGAAUUAUAAAAUAGUCAAGCAUUCAUAUUUAUUGCAAUCGCAUUUAAAUUCCACGUAGGCUCCUGUUUAUCACUCAAAAGCAGGGGGAAAAAUCAUAUCCAACAUAUCAAAAAGUCCAAUAGCUUGUUACUGCAAUCUUGUCCAUGAUGAUCCAAAUGGCAUUUACUGUUGUGUUUCUGACAAAUGCAACUUCAGUUUCCACAGAAAUAUCAGUAAUCCAUAUCAUGGACGUUCAUGAUGAGUAUACGGAUGCUAAUGAUUUUAUAUGAUUUGAAUUUAUCACUACAUGUACCAUAACCAAACAAUAAGGUAAUAUUCAUAAAACACAUUUUAACAUUAAAGUUUAUGGCAAUAGUUCUUUUAGAGAAAUAAGCUUUGCACUUUUUGCCGAGAGUUAGGUGACUGUCUGAAGCUACAGGCAGUAGCUGGUUAUAGCUUAGCAUUGCUUAAUGACUGGCAACAGAGGGAAACUUUAGUCCAAAGACAACAAAUCACUUUAUAUGUCUUUUUUUAAAAAUCUGUAUUGUGCUAUAGGCCGAUUUAGUUUAAAUCUGUAGCUGAACAUACGAUAAUGUUUUGAAUUUCUCUUAAAGAAAAUAAUCUCACCACAAGGUGCAUUUAGUAGCUUUUCCGGAGAUUUCAAGCAGCUCGUUUUACUGUUUUAGCAUUAAAAACUGUCACUGACUUGGUCCAAGAACACAACCUUCCGUAAAACCACAUCUUUAUCUUUUUAUAGUUUUACACACAUUUUUUGUACAGAUGAGAUGUAAGGUAUUAAUUAGUGAGCUUCAGAGGUGAUGUUAGGGGGAUUUUUCUUUUCAUCUUUGGACAGAGGUAAGCUUCCCCAUUUCCAAUAUUUAACCAGCUACUAGCUAUAGCCUUAUAUUUAAUGGACAAAUAUGAGAGUGGUAUUGGUCUUCUUAUCUAACUCUCGGUAAGUCAGCAAAUAAGUGUAUUUACAAAAACGGACAGUGAGCUGUUCAUCAAACUGAGCAUGUUUGCCUGCUUAAAUGACAAACUACAGUCAUAUUCUACCCCAUCAAGCAAAUCUGCCAUGAGUACUUCUAAUUUUCAUAUUAAAAACUGAAAAUCAACCUGACAGUACCACAAUCACCCCAUCAAGCAUUACUUGUAUUUUUCUUUCUUUUUAUAGCAAAGUAGCCAUCAUAGGAGUCUUCAACCCUGCUUUAAUCUUGCAGUAAUCAGUGCAGGUCAUUAUCUGUUUGGACAUCAUGCAGCAGAUCAAAUCUGUGUACUGUCUCUGACUGACGUGACUGGCUGCCAGGUCCUUUCCUCGUGCCUUCAGAUGACUAAAACAUUAGAAAUUUUGAAAGAUAUUAAUCAUAGAGACAAUGUUACUUCUACGAUGGCUACUUUACUUUUGGUAAUCAGACACAUGUUUUCAAUGACCAUUUACACACAAACUGUGAACAAUGAUUUACACAUUGUAAUCCUACCACUCUCUAGAAGAAAUAUCAUCUGUUUUGUUAAUGCUAGAAGAUAGUUGGAAGUAUUGUAACACUUUUGUUCAGACAAGAAUCCAGCACUUACUGAUAACCUCAAGUGGAGAGAAGCUUUUUGAGUAAAGGCUGCUUUGAUAUGUAGAAUACUCUGAUGCCUUUGGCAGCUACUGUACUGUCACUAAGAAUGAUAAAGCUUAGUUUUUAACUCAAACGGUGCACAUAAAUCAUGUAUUUAACAAAAGUGA